GCUUCCUCGGCGGCGCAACCUCUCCGGCCGAGACGCGCGCAGAGCGGCCGGAAGGCUUCUCUGCACCCGGACCCCCGCGGCCCCGGUCCUCCCGCAGCCUCCGCUCCGGCUCGCCGCGCCGCCGGUCAUGCGGCCGCCGUUUUACCGCUGCCACAACACCACGUCGGUAGAGAAGGGCAAUUCGGCGACGAUGGGCGGGGUGCUCUUCAGCACGGGCCUCGUGGGCAACCUGCUGGCGCUGGGACUCCUGGCGCGCUCCGGUCUGGGGUCGUGCCCGCCGCGCUCGCCGCGCCCGCCACCCUCCGUCUUCUACGUGCUGGUGUUCGGCCUGACGAUCACAGACCUCCUGGGCAAGUGCCUCGUGAGCCCCUUCGUGCUGUUCGCCUACGCGCAGAACCGGAGCCUGCGGGGGCUGGUGCCCGGAUCGGACAGCUCUCUGUGCCAAGCCUUCGCCUUCUUCAUGUGCUUCUUCGGGCUCGCCUCGACGCUGCAGCUGCUGGCAAUGGCCCUGGAGUGCUGGCUCUCCCUGGGGCACCCCUUCUUCCAUCGACGGCACCUCACCCCGCGCCGGGGCGCCAUGGUGGCGCCGGUGGUGGGCGCCUUCUGCCUCGCUUUCUGCGCGCUGCCCUUGGUGGGCUUUGGGAAGUUUGUGCAGUACUGCCCUGGCACCUGGUGCUUCUUUCAGAUGGUCCACGAGGAGCGCUCGCUGUCGGUGCUGGGCUACUCGGUGCUCUACGCCAGCCUCAUGCUGCUGCUGGUCCUCGCCAUCGUGCUGUGCAACCUGAGCGCCAUGCGCAACCUCUAUGCCAUGCACCUGAGGCUGCGGGGACUGCUGCGCUCUGGCCCCAGGGAACGCGCCGAGCCGGGCGCCGGCGAGAGGGAGGCGACCCCGCUGCACCUGGAGGAGCUGGAUCACCUCCUGCUGCUAGCCCUCAUGACGGUGCUCUUCACCAUGUGCUCCCUGCCUUUAAUUUAUCGUGCUUACUAUGGAGCGUUUAAAGCUGUUCCUGAGCAAAAUGGAACCACUGAAGAAAUUGAAGACCUCCGAGCCUUGCGCUUUCUCUCUGUGAUCUCAAUUGUGGACCCUUGGAUUUUCAUCAUUUUCAGAACAUCGGUGUUUCGAAUGUUUUUUCGCAAGAUUUUCAUAAGGCCUCUUAUGUAUAGAAAUUGGCACAGCAAUUCUUGCCAAACUAACAUGGAAUCCAGUCUAUAACUAUGUUACCCUCUCUCAUAAACUCAAGAAUACAUCACAUCUUCUGCAAAGAACCAUGAGCCACAAAAUAAUCUUAUAAUUUAUAUCCUUAAAAGGUAUGUUCCAUAGCAAAAUAUCUAAAUGUAUUUUCAAAACUGUUUGUUCAUUCUUAACAAUGUGUUGUCCCUCUGUAUUCAUGAAUCAGUUAGGUGGAGUUUUUCACUUUGAGUUAUAAUAUAUUAAAUAUUAUUAUUAUAACUAAUAAUAGUUAUAAUAGUUUUUCAUUUUGAGUUAUACCAGUUAAACUGGUAGCUCUUCAGUUGCUAAAAAAUAUGCCUGCAAAGCAGGAGACCCAGGUUCAUUCUCUGGGUUGGGAACUGGGUUCGAUCCCUGCGUUGGGAAGAUCC